UAUAAUGCUCGCACCUCAAUAUGGUAUUUUAUACAUAUAAUUUAUAUUUUGAAAAUAAGUGAUUUAUAGAAUUUAUAAUAAACGUCUUACUGAUAAAGUCGAUGAAGGCGUAUAGGAGACAGCAGUAGAGCGUAGACUACAGUAGAGUGUAGACUACAGUAGAGUGUAGACUAGAGGCUCUCACACCACACAACCAGCUGCAGUUAACAUUGUUAAUGUGUUGUGUUGCCUCCAUGGUUAUCUCACCAGUUCACACCAAUGUUAAAUAAGAAAGCAAGAUAAACAAUAGAGUAUAGCAAGCUAAGCAAGACUAACUUGUGUGGGAACAGCAAUGAAAGUUCUGCAAUGUCAAUUGGUUGGCACAAUCCACACAGUUCUAUACAUUGCAUUAUAUUUACUUCAUUAUACAGAUGGCAAUGUGGGAGAUGAUUGUGAACAAGGGUGUGGUACUAAGGAGGAGUGUGUCGACAACCUUUGUCUCUGUGAUGCUGACCACGAGCUAUCUCUGGACUCUGAUUUCACAUUAACUUGUAGUAGAGUAAUUCCAGGACAUAUAAGUAUAUGUAACAACACGCGUUGCAACAACAUAUCCAACUGCAGCAUAGAAGAUCAGUCUCUCGCUCUUAAUGGAAAAUGUAGAAAAGUAAAGCUACAAAACAUUAAGAAGAGAUGCUAUAGAGGAGAAUUAUCGGAUGUGGUUCGCAUCUGUGACUACACAAAACAUCAGCUUUGCAAAUCAGGGCAAUGCAUAUGCAACAAACACUACUGGUAUGACCCUGAACUUAACGCCUGUGACCUGAAAACUAAUUAUCUUGCUAAGAAUAAUAUAUCAGAAUACCGUGUAAAACCUGGUGUGUAUUGUGCAGAUCAUAACGACUGUAUUAGUGGUCUCCAGUGUUCCUACUUAGCUUGUGCCUGCCCAAAUGAGUGCAAAUACCGUAAGAAGGAAGAAGUAUGUGAUUGUGGCAGUACGACUCCUGCAGGACCUAUUGCAGUGGGUGUCAUCGGUGGCAUUAUCAUCAUAAUAUUCUGGUUCAUAAAAAUCAGGAGCACAGUCAGAGAGCAUUUUCAAACCAAAAAACAUUAUCCAGUGACUAUAAUGAUGAAUGAAACUGGUGUCAUUCCUCAGUCAACAGAUAAUCCUAUACCUGUUUGUGAUGCACAAGUUUCUGCAUUACCACAUGAAGAAAGACCUCCAACAUAUGAGGAGGCAAUAGUAGACAGACCAACAAGAGUAUCAUCUUGAGCUAUCAGUGUACUCCAAAACAUAAGUACUAUAUGGUACUUAACUGUCAGUGACUGGAAAAUGACGUCCAGCUCUCUAUACUUUGCGUCCUAACUUUUUGUACCCGGUUCAUUUAUUUUUUUAAUCUUUUAAUAUUACAGUAUAGUUCUGUAUUGUAUUUUCACUUAUUCCAUUGCAUUCCACUUGAUUAUCCAUACAGCAUAUAAUUACUUACCUGAAUUUUACUCAUUAGCACAACCACUUUGACUGGACGGUAGAGCGACGGUCUCACUUCAUGCAGGACGGCAUUCAAUCCCCGACCAUCCAAGUAGUUGAGCACCAUUCCUUCUCCCCAUCCCAUCCCUAAUCCUAAUCCUGACCCCUUCCAAGUGCUAAAAAGUCGUAAUGACUUGGCACUCUCUCCUGAUAAUUAAAAGAAAAAAAAAAUACAUUAGCAUUUACAGUUUCCACCCAUAUCUUUUUUCUGUUACAAAUUUGCGCUCAGGUAAUGAAUACGGGUUUUAGUGCCUGAGCCUAUUGAGACUGUGCAUGUUAGCUUAUUAAGUAGUUUAUUAAUGUUGUAACUUGCUUAGUUAAUUGAAUGUUCAUGGUUCAGCUCCUAAGUUCAUUAUGUGCUGCUGUAAUCAUUCCACCACUGAUUACAGGAUAGUCAUAGGGAGCACAAUAAAUUUACUAAAUUAAAAUGUGACUUCUCCAUUGUAGUGUUAACUCUUUGAAUACAAUGUGACAUGAUGAUUAUACAGAAUUUAGUGAUACUUUAGCUUUACAAUUUAUCUUUCCUCUGAAAUGAAAUGUGUAGUCCUUCCCUGUUCACGUCAUAUCAUUAAAUUUUUAUUCUAUCAUUAUCCCUUUUCCCAUUUCCUUGGGUGGGGAGGCAACAGCCAAGAGGGAGAAGGUAUAUAAUAUAGUGAGGGAAAAGGUAUAUAUAGAGGGUAUAUAGAAAGGUAUAAUAGAGGUAUAUAGAAAGGUAUAAUAGAAGUAUAUAGAAAGGUAUAAUAGAGGUAUAUAGAAAGGUAUAAUAUAGAGGGGGAGACGGUAUAUAAUAUACAGUAGUGGUGAAGGUUAUAGAUGAUUUAGAAAGAAAAUAUUACAUUAUUAUAUAUAAACAAGCCCCAGUACACUCCUUCGUAUGACCAGGUGUACAGUACUACUUGUAAAGUGUCAAGUACUGUACACACACAGAUGCUUCCCAUCUGCUGGACUAUGUUGACAAAAAUAAUGUCAUAAUAAAAGCUAGAUUUGUAGUUAAAUUUUUAGUUAGGUUUGAGAGAAAUCGGACUAAACAAAAAGAUUUUGUCCGAUAAAUUCAAAUUAAAAAAUUAAAUUUUUGAGUUCUUACUUUUACUACUUUGUUAGUUUUAAUCCAAUUUUGAGAAAAUUAAUACACAAAACAAGCUUUAUAAAGUAAUGAAUUUAUAUAUUGCUUAAUAAACCUUUUAUCUGAAUAUUUUUUAAGUCAAAAUAUAAUAUUUUGUAUUAAUAUAAGAUGUAUAUUUCUGAAUAAUAAUAAAUUUUGGUAAAAAAUUA